UGUGUUUUCACCUUGUGCGGCCAAGGAGUCGUUACACCGGGACGGCGAUUGGUUGGCUAAAAAUGCCUCCCUAAUCUCCGUGCUGAUCUUUACCCCCCUCCUCCCCAUCUGCCGUGACCUUCCAGCCGAUGUGCAGAGCCAGCCCCGGCGAGAGGCAGCCAGCCCCGCUCCGCCAGCGUCCCCACGUCCCAAAGUGCAUGAGGCUGGUGUUUGCCCGAGAGUCACCCAGCGCCCGCACUGACGCCCAAGGCAGCGCCGGGAGCCAUGUCGGGUUCCUACGACGAGUCGGCAGCGGCUGCGGAGGAAACAACCGACAGCUUCUGGGAGGUGGGGAACUACAAGCGCACGGUGAAGCGGAUCGACGACGGGCACCGGCUCUGCAAUGACCUCAUGAACUGCGUGCAUGAGCGGGCCAAGAUCGAGAAGUCCUACGCCCAGCAGCUCACCGACUGGUCCAAGCGGUGGAGGCAGCUCAUUGAGAAAGGUCCCCAGUACGGCAGCCUGGAGAAGGCAUGGGGUGCCAUCAUGACGGAGGCGGACAAGGUCAGCGAGCUGCACCAGGAGGUGAAGAACAGCCUGCUGAAUGACGACUUCGAGAAGGUCAAGAACUGGCAGAAGGAUGCCUACCACAAGCAGAUCAUGGGAGGCUUCAAGGAGGCCAAGGAGGCUGAGGAUGGAUUCCGGAAAGCCCAGAAGCCCUGGGCCAAGAAGCUCAAGGAGCUGGAGACAGCCAAGAAAGCCUACCACCUGGCAUGCAAAGAAGAGAAGCUGGCGAUGACCCGGGAAGCCAACAGCAAGGCAGAGCAGUCCAAUACCCCUGAGCAGCAGAAGAAGCUCCAGGACAAAGUGGAAAAGUGCAAGCAAGACGUGCAAAAGACUCAGGAAAAGUACGAGAAGGUGCUGGACGAGCUGAACAAGUGCACCCCGCAGUACAUCGAAAGCAUGGAGCAGGUCUUUGAGCAGUGCCAGCAGUUUGAGGAGAAGAGGCUCAGCUUCCUCAAGGAAGUGCUCCUGGACAUCAAGAGGCACCUGAACCUGGCCGAGAGCAGCAGCUACGCCAACGUCUACCGGGAGCUGGAGCAGACCAUCCGCCUCUCAGAUGCGCAGGAGGAUCUCCGGUGGUUCCGCAGCACCAGUGGCCCCGGGAUGCCCAUGAACUGGCCCCAGUUCGAGGAGUGGAACCCAGACUUGACGCACACGAUAACGCGGAAGGAGAAGCAGAAGAAGGGCGAGGGAGUGACCCUGACCAACGCCAGCAGCACGGGCGAGACGGGGGCACCGGCGGGCGAGCGUGGGAGUGUGAGCAGCCACGACCGUGGGCAGACCUACAGCGCCGAGUGGUCCGAUGACGAAGGCAGCAACUCCUUCAACACCAGCGAGGCCAACGGCGGCACCAACCCCUUUGACGAGGAGUCGGCGGGGAAGGGCGUGCGGGUGCGGGCUCUGUAUGAUUACGACGGGCAGGAGCAGGAUGAGCUCAGCUUCAAAGCAGGUGAUGAACUAACCAAACUUGGUGAAGAAGACGAGCAAGGAUGGUGCAAAGGGCGCUUGGACAACGGGCAGCUAGGUCUCUACCCCGCCAACUACGUGGAGGCAAUCUAAGUCUUGUGGUGUGCUCCUCGUCGCCGUCAGCAGAUAAAUCCACCCUCCGUUGUCUCCAUCUCUCCACCAGCCAACCAGCCAUUUUGCCGUCUGGUCCUUCACUCCUCACAGUUAGAGAUUCAGACAUAUUUUCCGACCAAGCUUUUAUUUUUUUAAGAGUUGUCUCUGAAGAGUAUUUUGCAUAGUCGCUUUCUUCUUCUUCUAAGAUAACGUGAAGCGAAAGAUGACGUUGUCCGUUCGUCUACGUUAGUUGAUUUUUUUUCCGAGCGAAAAGCUGAUACCUCAAGAUCUUAAAGCCCAACCAGUGAGAGCUCCUGAUUGGUUGGUUUUUAAAGAUACUGAAAUCAUGAGCCACCUUCUGAUUGGCUGGAACUGUUCCAAAAUGCACGGCGCUGAAGCUCCUGGGACCAAUCAAAUUCACCCCCCAAAAAGCGAGAGGGAUUAGAGUCUGACUCCGUUUUUUUUGGUGUUUCCGCAUUGUUGUCCCCGGUUCAUCCUCCCUCCCCGAAGGAAGGAGAUGAACGUCCCCUCCUGCCCCGCAGCCACCUGGCCCCAUCCGUGGGCAUGUCCCUGCUCACGGGCAGGGCUGGUGGCAGAUUGAUGCCCAGGCAAGGUGGGACCAGCCCUGCCAUGGAGCUCCUCAGCUUCCUCCUCCUCCUCCUCCUCACGACCGGGCUGUCAACAUGUCUGGCGUGGGUGGAGGUUCCCGAGCCGAUGGUCCACAUGCGCUACAGGGAGCAGCAUCGCCCUUCACGAGGGCAGUUAUCCAGCGCACACCAGAUCCAGGGUGAGAUGGCCCUAAAAUGCUGUUCGGAGAAGGACCCACCCCAGCCCGAUGCUGCUGGAAGCACCUUCGCGCCCAGCCUGGGAUAGCGGGGACCAGUUUGGAUGCUGCUGGGGACGGUCCCCAUCCAACUCCCUUCCUGAAGAGAUGCAGGAGCAGAGCAGGGGUGGGGGAUAAGCAACUUCCAGCCUUGCACGUUGCCAGCAGGAGAUGCAGCCAGCCGGAGGAUGAGGAGAGCUCGGUGCAGGCAGCAGACCCCAGCCUGGGUAGCGAAGCAGCUGCCUGGCAAAGACAGCCGAGAGCAAGUUACACCAAAGCAGGGGAACAGCCACAGGCUUUGCCCUCUGCUUUUCCCCAAGGGGCUCUACCCUUCCUGCGCUUGGGGUCUGCAACCAGCCACAGCAUGGACAGGACCCCCUCAGCACCCAUGGGCGCUGCCACUCAACAUGGUGACCCCAACCCCUCUGCCCCGGGCACAUUUGCCAUCCCAAGCUCUUCCCUACAGGUCAUCUCUCAUUUUUUUCCAUACCAUCACCCUCAGCAGCAUCGAUGCCAUCAUCUUCCUGCACGCUGCUCCCGCUUGCCUCCUGCCCCCUCCGUGGGUUCGUGAAUUUUUUGGCCCCAGGGCUCAAGUGUUCUCGCGGAGGCAGGAGAUGCACCAUGUGCUGGGCACGGUGGGCGAGAACCACCCGGCCCCGCGUCCCCUGCCAAGUACGCAAACAGGAAAAAACCCACAAAAAAGUCAGAAAAAACCCAACCAACCACCUGUCUCAGCAAUGCACCCUGGUUUUUUGUACAUUGAUUGUGUAAUUUAAGAAGUAUAUAUAUAAUAUAUAUAUAUAUCGUGAUUGUAUUACCGUGGAUACAACAACAAAAAGCAGCAAGAGAAAAUAACUGAGCUCUGUAAGCGUC